CUCUCUCUCUAUUACAGCACCAACAACAAAAAGCUGAAACACAACCAGAGUCUCUCUCUCUCUCUCUCUCUCUUCUUGUCUCUCUUUCAAUAACCAGUCUCAGUCUCAGCAUCAUCGCACAAACUUUUAUGGCUCAGACCAUUCCGUAGUUUUCUGGUGUUCACAUUUGAUCUACUUUUUGGCAUCGAGAUCAUCCUGAAUUGGGAAAUUCUUGAUUUCGAAAGCCUUUAAAGGGAUUGUUUUGGCUAAUAUUGUCGGAAAGUGAGAUUUUUCAAUACAAAAGAUCUGUGGUCGGUGUUGAUUUUUGUUGCUGUUGGUAAUGGGAAUCUUUGAAGAUAUGGGAUUUUGUGGAAACCUCGAUUUCCUCUCGGCUCCUCCCUGUGAAGGAGAGACAGUUCCAGAGCAAGAACCAGAGGCGACUGUUGAGGAGGAUUACAGCGAUGAAGAAAUGGAUGUGGAUGAGCUCGAGAGGAGGAUGUGGAGGGACCGGAUGCUUUUGAGGCGACUUAAAGAGCAGAAUAAGGGCAAGGAAGGAGUAGACAGUGCAAAGCAGCGUCAAUCUCAGGAGCAAGCUCGAAGGAAGAAGAUGUCGCGAGCGCAGGAUGGUAUCCUGAAGUAUAUGCUGAAAAUGAUGGAAGUUUGCAAGGCUCAGGGUUUCGUGUAUGGAAUCAUCCCUGAGAAGGGAAAGCCUGUGAGUGGGGCUUCUGAUAAUCUUCGAGCUUGGUGGAAGGAAAAGGUCAGGUUUGAUCGGAACGGCCCUGCUGCAAUUGCCAAAUACCAGGUUGAUCAUGCUAUCCCUGGAAAGAAUGAAGACUGUGGUGCAGCUGUGUCUACCCCUCACACCUUACUGGAGCUUCAAGACACUACACUUGGAUCUCUCUUGUCUGCACUUAUGCAGCACUGUGAUCCACCCCAACGGCGAUUUCCAUUGGAGAAAGGUGUUGCACCACCCUGGUGGCCAACUGGAAAUGAAGAGUGGUGGCCUCAGUUGGGUCUUCCUAAGGAUCAGGGUCCUCCCCCAUACAAGAAACCUCAUGAUCUGAAGAAGGCUUGGAAAGUGAGUGUUCUCUCAGCAGUCAUCAAGCACAUGUCACCUGAUAUUGCUAAGAUCAGAAAGCUUGUUCGCCAAUCUAAGUGCUUGCAGGAUAAGAUGACUGCCAAGGAGAGCGCUACUUGGUUGGCUAUAAUUAAUCAAGAAGAAGCGUUGUCACGAAAACUCUAUCCUGAUUGCUGCCCUCCUUUGUCUGCUGGGGGGAGUGGGUCUUUUGUUAUCAGUGAUACCAGUGAUUAUGAUGUUGAAGGGGUGGACGAUGAUCGAAAUGUUGAAGUAGAGGAGGUCAAGCCUCGUGAUGUGAAUCUCUUCAAUAUGGGGGCAGUGGGACCAAGGGAGAGGCUUAUGAUGACACAACCUUUGGCUCCUCAAAUUAAGGGAGAGCUUGUUGAAACCAACCCAGAUUUCUUUCUGAAGAGGAAGCAGCUGGCAGAUGAGCCUCACAUGAUGAUGGAUCAGAAGAUGUAUACCUGUGAAUACCCGCAGUGCCCCUAUAGCGACUAUCGGCUUGGAUUUCUUGAUAGGUCUUCGAGGAACAAUCACCAGAUGAAUUGCCCAUAUCGUAGCAAUUCUUCUCAAGGGUUUGGAGUGACAAACUUUCAAAUGAACAAUGACAAACCUGCUGUCUUCUCUUUACCUGUUGCUCAGCCAGCUCAAUUACCUCAACCACCUCAGCAGAAGCCGCCGACUCCACUGGUAAAUCAGGCUCAUUCACAAUUUAAUGUAUCUGGACUCGGACUCAAAGAUGAUGGGCAAAAAAUGAUUUCUGAUCUGAUGUCUUUCUAUGAUACUAAUCAUCAGCGUAACAAGAACUUGAAUCCUGGGGGUCUUAAUGUUACAGACGAUCAAACUCAGCAUCAACAGCACCAGCAUCAGCAUCAGCAACAACAACAGCAGCAGAAAUUUCAAUUUCAGCUGGAUGAUAGCUUCUAUAACCAAGGGGUUAUGAUGGGAGGCGACGUACCCGAGCAGCCCAACUUGCCAGUUAACAACUCCAUUUUCUCCCCAGCAGAUAUUCGUUUUGAUCAGAUCAAAUCAUUCGACUCUCCAUUCGACAGCAAUCAUGGGGAUAAUAUUGCUGACUUCAGGUUUAGCUCACCAUUCAACAUGGCACCAGUCGAUUUUGCCAUGGAUCCUCUCCCAAAGCAGGAUGUAUCGAUGUGGUACGUUUGAAGAUCAAAUCCGAACUUGCAUCGACCUCCACCAUCUAGUGGUGGACUCUAAUACAAAGGGAGAAAGUGCUGUACACAUUGGAGAGAGGUUACAAUUAACACAGUUCUUCUCUGCCGGGUUGAGUGAGGUUUCUUCCUUUCACAUUUAGUCGUUAAAUAUGUUGUUUAAAACCCAUAUAAACUUGGGUUCCUACCCAGAACCUCAAGUGUUUUCAAGUUUAGGUGUAUCUUAGGUUGCUUUCAUUGCCAUAUUGAGAAAAGGUUUUACUCAAUAUUGCUGUUGAAGUUUAGAAGCAUUAAUUUCUUGUUGCUACAGUUGAUAUUGGCAUGUAGUUAUAAAUAUAUACACAUGGAACUUAUUAUUAUGUACA